GUGAGGAAUUGGAAGAAGAGAGCAAGUGGGCGAAAAUGGAGAAGCCUCAUGCACCACGAUUCUCCAGUGUUAAGCGGCCAUCCAUCCAUGUUCUUAUGCCCUAUGCCCCAUGCCCCAUGCCCCAUGCCCGGGGCCUUAUGUGACCGCUUCUCUCUCUCUUUCUCUCAUCUCUUGUAUUCAAUCUUCCCAUCACUUCUGUUUUUUCCACAUUUUUCUCUCUUUCUCUUCCUUGAAUUUCUUCGACUAACAUGGGAUGAUCACAACAUCUCCCAGACCCCUCCCUUCCUCACAUCUUUCCUCUUUCUUCUCUUUCUUCCCAUCUAUCAAUGUAUGUCCAUCGCUUCCUCCUCCUCCUUUGAAGUUUGUCUUUUGUCGACUGAUAUUUCCUCUUCUUCUUCUUUUUUUUUUUUUUCUGUUAAAAAAAAAAAAAUGAUUUGGUUGGAAUGCGAUUCUGUUACGUGCCCUCCACACAUGAAUAUUGUAUGCAAGCAAGGGUUGGUUUGAUUCCCUUGGCCCCAAAAUGUAAUGCAAGCCAUGAACCACCAUGAAUGGAACAUUCACAAAUUCUCAUAUAAAUAUAUAUACAUGUUCAUUUGUUGACUUUGAUAUUGGACAUCAUCCAUGCAUAUGCCUUUGAUGACGAUUUUCCUACCCCAUUCAACAGUAACCCCCACUUGUAUCUUCUGUUUCAAUACAAAGCACCACUUCCUCUGAUUCGAUUUCAUUCAAUUUGUUUGUUUAUUCUACAUUGUGUUUGAGAGUUUAACUGCAAUUCCAUGAAAAUCUUCUGAUCAGGAAUUCCUAUUGAGGGGCAUUGCCGUGUUACCCAAUUGAUGUCUUUGAAGCCUACGAAAGGGCUUGACUCAUCUGAGUGCAGAUGAGUUGCAGUUCACAAGAAGAAGCACGAUGCGAGCCCAAACAUAUGGAUCCAGUUGCCAAGAGCAGUGCCAAUUCAACCCACAGCCCCCCGCCUCAGGAAUCCAAAAAGGAGCGAGCAGUCAAAAGUAACGCCGCCAAUGCAACUGCAACUGCAACUCAUGAUUUGGCCUCUGCACAUGCACCUGUGGAUCCUGCUUCCAAAACUAAUGCAAAUUCGUCUAUGAACCCACCAUCUGCAAAGACAAAUGAUGCAAAGACUAGUUAUCUUGGCCCCAACAAUAACAGAGGGAUGAGCACUAGCACCCGUAGUGACAGCUUAGAGAGCUCUACCACACCCUUGAGACCCCACACUGGUGGUGAUAUUCGAUGGGAUGCUAUUAAUUUGGCCAAUUCUAGAGACUCCCCUCUUGGGCUUAGCCAUUUUCGGCUGCUCAAGCGCCUUGGCUAUGGUGACAUUGGAAGUGUCUAUCUUGUUGAACUCAGAGGAACCACUGCCUACUUUGCAAUGAAAGUGAUGGACAAAGCAUCUCUUGCAAGUAGAAACAAGCUACUUCGGGCCCAGACAGAGAAGGAGAUUCUUGGACUCCUUGACCACCCAUUCUUGCCCACUCUGUAUUCCUACUUUGAGACUGAUAAAUUCUAUUGCUUGGUCAUGGAGUUCUGCAGUGGAGGUAAUCUACAUUCUCUGCGGCAGAAACAACCCAACAAGCAUUUUUCUGAAGAAGCUGCCCGGUUUUAUGCAUCAGAGGUAUUGCUAGCACUUGAGUAUCUGCACAUGCUAGGCAUCGUGUACAGGGAUCUGAAGCCAGAAAAUGUGCUAGUAAGAGAUGAGGGUCAUAUCAUGCUCUCUGACUUUGACCUCUCACUCCGCUGUUCUGUGAGUCCAACGCUAGUCAAGUCUUCAUCCGGGCAUUCAGGUAGCACAGUUGGUGGUGGUGGCGGAGGUAUCAGCAGCGGAGCAAUUCUGGAUGAUGAAUAUGCAGUGCAGGGGUGUAUCCAGCCUUCUACUUUUCUCCCACGCAUUCUACCAACUAAAAAAAACCGAAAAUCUAAAUCAGAUUUUGGCCUCUUCGUUGGAGGGUCCCUUCCAGAACUAAUGGCAGAGCCCACAAACGUGAGAUCAAUGUCAUUUGUGGGAACCCAUGAAUACUUGGCCCCAGAGAUCAUAAGAGGAGAGGGGCAUGGCAGUGCUGUGGACUGGUGGACAUUUGGUAUAUUCUUGUACGAGCUGUUGCAUGGAACAACUCCCUUCAAGGGCCAAGGCAAUCGUGCCACUCUGUUUAAUGUUGUAGGGCAGCCAUUAAGAUUUCCAGAUACUCCAACAGUGAGUUUCAUGGCUCGUGAUCUUAUAAGAGGGCUUUUGGUGAAGGAACCGCAGAAGCGAAUUGCAUACAAAAGGGGUGCCACAGAAAUAAAACAACACCCAUUCUUUGAAGGAGUGAACUGGGCCCUAGUGAGGAGCGCCAUGCCUCCCCACAUACCCGAACCAGUAGACUUUGGGCACUUUGCUAGUAAAGAGUCGGGCCAUGCUGAGAAGAAGAAUUCAGAUACUGGGGGUGAUAAACACAAGAAUAGUCCGAAUGAUGCUUCUUAUGUUGAUUUCGAGUACUUUUAGGAAAUAGGCUCCUCCUACUUUGUAUGAUAACAACAUACAUAUUAGGAGAAAGACCAUAUCAUGUUGUAGAAAGAAUAAGAAAUGUAUGCUUGCCGAAUAUCUAUUCAACAUACGGGUUGUUGGGUUUUAUCAUUUGAUGCGUUUUACCUUCAAACAAUCCUUGUAAGAAUUUUUUGACA